CUCCCGGCUGGCGGGCGGAGACUGGGGGCUGGACCGAGGCGUGCGGGCUGGGCCGCAGAGUUGCAGAGAGAGAGAGAGAGGUCUUCCAUUCCACUGGUUCACUCCCCAAAUGGCCACAACAGCCACAGCUGAGCCGAUCUGAAGCCAGGAGCCAGCAGCUUCUUCCGGUUCUCCCACGCGGGUGCAGAGGCCCGAGGACUUGGGCCAUCUUCUACUGCUUUCCCAGGCCAUAGCAGAGAGCUGCAUCGGAAGAGGAGCAGCCGGGACACAAACCAGCGCCCAUAUGGGAUGCCAGCGCUGCAGGCUGGGGCUUUAACCCACUAUGCCACAGCGCCAGCCCCUGUUAACAUCCUUUGUUGACUCCUCAUGUACAAUUACGUGACUUCUGGUUUGUUGAAGCAGUAGGUCGGACAGCAUUUGCCACAGUAAUGUCUGAAAGUGGCUGGCCACAAACACUCCAGCGCCACGUUCGUGCGAAGGGCACUCGCCACGCAGGCGAGUGACUUGCAUUCCCGUCACCUUGUAGUACUAAAGGACUUCUCUUGUGCUUAUCCGUCUUGGGGGCGCUGUAAGACCUCUUCCUUUUCUCGGCACCACCACGGAGUCUCCAUGCAAGAUGUCAUGUGGCCUGUGCUUUGGACCGUGGUGCGGACCUACGCCCCCUAUGUCACGUUUCCUGUGGCCUUCGUGGUUGGGGCCGUGGGCUACCACCUGGAAUGGUUCAUCCGGGGCAAGGCGCCCCAGCCGGCGGAGGAGGAGAAGAGCAUCUCCGAGCGCCGGGAGGAGCGCAAGCUGGACGAGCUGCUCGGCAAGGACCACACGCAGGUCCUGAGCCUCAAGGACAAGCUGGAGUUCGCCCCGAAAGCCGUCCUGAACAGAAACCGCCCCGAGAAGAACUGAUGGGGGACGCGGGGCGCUGCGCCCCUCUCGGAGGCCGGGGCUGGGCUGCUGCUCUGUCGCCCCGGCCCCAGACCCUGCGCAGCUGAUCUGCUUUGCUGCUUCCUCGGCCCCUCCCGCACCCCCGCAGCCACACCACACUGUCUGCUCCCUCCUGGGCAGGCAGACAGGGCCGGGGCCAGCGGAGAGGAAGGCCCUUGAAGGGUCUGCCCACGGCUGCCUCUGUCACGUGGGGGCCACACGUGCUCAGGUCCCGAGCGGAUGGGAGCACUAGGGGAGGAGUGUGUGGAGUGCAUAGGGACUGUCUGUCUCCCUGGGGAGGCGGCCUGGACUCCAGGGGAAGGGCUGGGGUUGGGUGCUGCCUGCAGGAGACACUACAAGCGUAGUCCUGGUUUGCACCGGGAAGAAUCAGAAGUCGACCUGGCCCCCUUGUCCUGUUUGCCCUGUUUCGUGCUCAUUCUUCCUGAAAUCCUGUCCUGUGUGCUUGGGAAUGGGAUUUCCCUGGGAAGGAAAGCCCAGGCUGUUUAUGUUGGGGCUGGAGGAAUAUGUGCCUGGUGAAUUCACUUGAAAACAAUCGUCAUCUUCCACCCCCCAUCACUGUGUCGUACAAAACGUUAUUAAAGUGGCGUCUGAGAGCCGGAUUGCUGGGAUCCUAC